UAUGUGAGGCUUGCAUCCGUGAUGGGUGAAUAGCUCACACAACACCCAUCAUCGUCCGCUUUGUAUUCUUUCAAAGAGUAAGACUAUAAAAAAAAAUAGAAUUAAUCCGAUAUGUUGAACGAACGAAAACGACUCACAGCAAUGGUGAAUCGUUUGAGGGAUGUUUACCCUUUUCGGUUGUCUUCCUAGCAAGCACAAAAGAGCUUUUAUCGCCAUCGUGCCGUCAAACGUCUGUACUGGAUCACGAUUGACACAUGAUUAAUCUCGUAGCCAUCGCUUACAUUAACAUCAAUGACUACUUGAACGAAUAUCCCAGAAAUGUGCAUUUCUCAGUGGGUACUAUGAUACGCUCAGUGACUACUAAGAUUCGCGACAUCAACAAUCAGGGUUUUCAAUUUGCUUGUGUUGUUAGGUCUGUGGAGGGAAAUGAUAGAUUCGGAAUUUGUAAUUCGUUUUAGAGUAGUUUAGUUCGAUUUCAGUUUUGGAAAUAGUUUAAGCUAAGAGAUAACUUUUGCCUACUUACAGUGAAUUUAAAUCGGCCAUCAGCUUUUGAAAAUGAUUACCUCACCAGCAGUACCAAAGUGAUCGAAUUUGGAAUUUACGACUGUCAGCGGCUCGAUUGUGCGUGAUUCGAGUAGAAAUCUAGCGGAAUCGAGCAAAUUCGGCGUCUGACGGGGAGCUUCCUAGUUUCCUAGUCCGCCUAGGCUCGCUAGUGUACAAAUUUGUUUUGGAUUCGCUUUCUUUUGUAUAUCUCUCUACCCUUCAGCAAAGAUAUACAUGUACUUUUCUAUAGCAAUACGAGCAUCAGCAUAGUUUUAAAACAUAAUACAUUCGAUUGUUCAAUGUAAUUACAGCCGGUUUUCCAUCAGCGUUGUUUAGGCUUUGUUCACGUGCAGAUACAGUUUAGUUGCGAGUUACAAAAUUGCAUAGUGAUUUCGUUGGAUAAAGUGUUUUGAAAAUGAGUGUCAAAAAGCUAUCUUUAUCGGUUUUCAAUGACUUGCGUGGCGAAAAUCCACAAUUGAAAGCCCUGCGAAAAUCUGGGCUUCUUUAUCGAAAAGCACAGCGUCUAUGGCCGAAACCCGAAAAGGCGGAAAGGAGCCCAUGUGACGCACAGCUAAGAGAUCUGGAUGUGCCAACUGCGUCGGAACCAUCAACCUUUUUGGAUGUGGAAUUUUUAAACGAAACAACACCUUCCUAUACCGAGGAGACGCUAUUCUUAGAGACACAGGAUUACGAGCUUCAUUUGAGUGAAUUGGAAGAAGAAGCAGACGAAGAAGAAAAUGCCGAUGAAAGACAAUGAUGGAGAGGAUCUGGACGAUAAAGACGAUCCCGACAUUGAUCAGAUGAACGGUGUAGAAUGUAUACGGUACUGGGCACUUGCUGAGCACAUGAGUCAUAAAUCAAUACGGCGGCUGUUAAGAAUCCUAAAUGCGAAAACGGAUCUCAAUUUGCCCAAAGAUCCCACAACUUUAUUGGGCACCCUUCGUAACCGUGCAACGAUGUCCAAUAUGUUGGUACCACGGAAUUAGUCAUUCUUUAACGAAGGAGCUACAGUAAGUAAA